AUGGAUAACAUUGUCUCUGCCACGAACUUCGACCGCGAAGAGGUUGACCGGUUGAGAAAGAGGUUUAUGAAGUUGGACAAGGACAACUCUGGAACAAUCGAGCGCGAAGAGUUCCUGAGCCUGCCUCAGAUUUCUUCGAACCCCCUGGCGACGCGAAUGAUCGCCAUCUUCGACGAGGACGGCGGUGGCGACGUUGACUUUGAGGAGUUCGUCUCUGGGCUUAGCGCGUUCAGCAGCAAGGGCAACAAGGAGCAGAAGCUCCAAUUCGCCUUCAAGGUAUACGACAUUGACCGCGAUGGCUACAUCAGCAACGGCGAGCUCUUCAUCGUGCUCAAGAUGAUGGUCGGCAGCAACCUCAAGGACCAGCAGCUCCAGCAGAUUGUCGACAAGACGAUCAUGGAGGCCGACCUCGACGGCGACGGAAAGAUCAGCUUCCAGGAGUUCCAGAAGAUGGUGGAGAACACCGACGUUAGCAUGAGCAUGACCCUGGGUGAGUCUUUUGCCAGUUUUGAGGCGUGGAUUUUGAGUGUCACGAGCGGCCACAUACUGACUUCCGUGAUCUAG